GCGGAGCGGGAGAGCUGCGUCGCCGGGCAGUGCUCGGACUCGACGCCCCGCCGAGCGAGCCGUUCCAGCAGCGAGCCGCCGCGUCGGUGGGAACGCAGUCACGAGUCGCCCCGCGAAAUUCGCAUUUUCGGGCUCUCGUGCCCCGCGGUGGUGCUUGAACACAUCGCGUUGCUGCUUGCCAGGUCUCAGCUGACUCCACAGACCAAGUGCCCUGGGGUUAAAGCUACUUCUGACCCCCGCGAGGACGUUGAACUUGCCCUCUGCACCAAAGCCGCCGCGUCUGAAUCCCGUAUUUACGCCCUUCUCCUCCAGAAACCGGAGUCUUGUGAGACGGCCGCGGUGCCCGCAGAAGAGGAGGGUGAGGAGCUGCUUCUGGCAGGACAUCACGACCUUCCAGCCGAGCUGCAAGCCCGGGGGACGGCCCCGCACCAGGCUGAGCAGGACGAUGACUUCUACAUCAAAAUUGAGUUUGAAAAAUUCUGCGCCGCGUCGGCGGAGGACUCGAGCUCGCCCGAGCCUCCCCAGAGGCCGCACACCGAUUGCCAAGCUCCCCUCGUGCUCUGGACUGGCGUGGACCAAGAGGAAACCAAGAAGCAGGUUUGUCUGCUGGAGCCAAGCCCUCGUCGUUUCGUCCCCGUUUCGGGACUGAAAGCUUUCGCCGCUUCCAGCCUGGCGAUUUUCUGCUCCUCUGUCUCCGGCCGUGCGGGGCUCUCUCCGCUGGGCCAGGUGGACAAACUCAGCCCAAACCUCUCGGCGCUGAUGAGGAAAAAUCUGAAACUUUCGGGCACCGUGGAGCUUGAGCUGUGUAACAACCGAUUCCCACGCGGGUGGGAGGGCUUCUGGCCUAAGCGCCGUCUCUCCAGCUUCUCAGUCCUGGGGCACCGUCGGAACGAGUACCUGAGGUUCAGGCGCCUCUUCAUGAACGUGGAGCGAGAGCAAGUGAAGGAGCAGCAGAGGCAGAAGGAGAGGCAGAGGAGAAUCGCCGAGAUUAAGGGCAAGAAGGAGAACCAGCGGCGGGCGGAGGAGCGGAGGAUGCAGGAGGCGGCUGAGCAGCAAGAAGCCUCCUCGGGAGAGGGAACCUGUGAGACCCUGGCCCAGCUGAAACUGGAGGAGAGGAGGCUGAAGAAGGUUAAGGAAAACCAGCAGCGAAAUAAGGAGCACGUGAGGUACGUCGAAGCUCUGCGAGCCCAGAUGAGGGAGGAGGUCAAACUGCGUAACAUCGAGCUGCCGCCGCUGUGCUCCUGCGGAGCGGGGAGGGAUUUCUCCUGGCGUGAAGCCCCGGGGAGAGGAGAGCGGGACCCCCAAAAUGCCCGCGAACGAACCCCAAAGCGGGGCUGGGGUGGCUUAGCCAAAAUCAGGGCAGCGAAGCCCUUCCCGGGGGUGACGGAAAAAGCGACGGGAAAAGUUAAAACCGGCAUUUUCCGCUGGAGAAACGGAAUCUGGGGAAAAUCCCGGGACCGGGUGCAGGUGGGGGUCCACCAGCACCGGGGAGGGACCGGUACUGGACCGGGGGAGAGGUACAGGGAUGGGGACCGGUACCGGGAUGGGGACCGGCACUGGGAUGGGGACUGGUACCGGGAUGGCGAUUGGCCCUGGACUGGGGACCGGUACUGGGAUGGGAACCAGCACCGGGGAGGGACCGGUACUGGACCGGGGGAGAGGUACAGGGAUGGGGACCGGUACCGGGAUGGGGACCGGCACUGGGAUGGGGACUGGUACCGGGAUGGCGAUUGGCCCUGGACUGGGGACCGGUACUGGGAUGGGAACCAGCACCGGGGAGGGACCGGUACUGGACCGGGGGAGAGGUACAGGGAUGGGGACCGGUACCGGGAUGGGGACCGGCACUGGGAUGGGGACUGGUACCGGGAUGGCGAUUGGCCCUGGACUGGGGACCGGUACUGGGAUGGGAACCAGCACCGGGGAGGGACCGGUACUGGACCGGGGGAGAGGUACAGGGAUGGGGACCGGUACCGGGAUGGGGACCGGCACUGGGAUGGGGACUGGUACCGGGAUGGCGAUUGGCCCUGGACUGGGGACCGGUACUGGGAUGGGAACCAGCACCGGGGAGGGACCGGUACUGGACCGGGGGAGAGGUACAGGGAUGGGGACCGGUACCGGGAUGGGGACCGGCACUGGGAUGGGGACUGGUACCGGGAUGGCGAUUGGCCCUGGACUGGGGACCGGUACUGGGAUGGGAACCAGCACCGGGGAGGGACCGGUACUGGACCGGGGGAGAGGUACAGGGAUGGGGACCGGUACCGGGAUGGGGACCGGCACUGGGAUGGGGACUGGAGAGGUUUGAUCAUGGGCAUCUGGAACUCGCACACCUCCGUCGGCAACAUCUUGGGGUCGCUCAUCGCCGGCGUCUGGGUUUCCUCUGCUUGGGGCCUGUCCUUCAUCGUGCCCGGUGUCAUCAUCGCUGCCGUGGGCAUCAUCUGCUUCUUCUUCCUCGUGGAGUAUCCCGAGGACAUCGGCUGCAGUCCGCCUAUGCAUCACGACGACGCUGGAGGGGUGACCUCCAACGAGAAGGAUCCCGAAGCGGUCUCCUCCAGCCAGGGGCCGCCAGGCAGCUCGGGCCACAGCAGCGUGGAUCGCUCCGACAGCCCCAAGGAGCCAGCCGAGGAGCCUGAAGCCAUCAGCUUCCUCGGGGCGCUCCGGAUACCUGGCGUGGUGGAGUUUUCUCUCUGCCUGCUCUUUGCCAAGCUGGUGAGCUACACCUUCCUCUACUGGCUGCCCCUCUACAUCGUCAACGUCGCUCAUUUCAGUGCCAAGGAAGCUGGGGACCUGUCGACUCUUUUCGACGUCGGGGGCAUUAUAGGAGGGAUCUUUGCCGGCCUCAUCUCCGACUACACCGGCGGCAGAGCCACCACGUGCUGCGUGAUGCUGGUCAUCGCCGCUCCCAUGCUGUUCCUGUACAACCACGUUGGCCAGAAUGGCAUCGGCACAUCAAUAGCCAUGCUGAUUGUCUGCGGCGCUCUGGUGAACGGGCCCUACGCUCUCAUCACGACAGCGGUCUCGGCAGAUUUGGGAACCCACGAGUCUCUCAAAGGAAACGCCAAAGCCCUUUCUACCGUCACGGCCAUCAUCGACGGCACAGGAUCCCUCUAG